AUGGAUAAUGUUUCAACUGUGAGACUCUUCACUCUGUCUGGACUGAAUGAGACAAUGACUUUUAGGCUGACACUUUUCUCUCUAACUUUGGUGUAUUACUGCCUUAUUCUGUUUUUCAAUAUCUCUAUUAUUCUUAUAAUUGUUCUAGAUUCAAAUCUACAUGAGCCUAUGUAUAUUUUACUGUGUAGUUUCUGUUUUAAUGCAUUGUAUGGGACAGCUGGUUUCUACCCCAAAUUUCUUAUUGAUUUACAAACUACAUCUCCAGAAAUCUCAUAUGAUGCUUGUCUCCUCCAGGCUUUUAUCAUGUACUCUUUUGCCUGCAGUGACUUGUCCAUUUUAGCAGUUAUGGCGUAUGACAGGUAUCUGGCCAUAUGUCAGCCUUUGCACUACCACUCUAUCAUGACUAAAAAGAGACUCUCUCAAUUGGUAUGUUUCUCUUGGCUCACACCAUGUUGCAUUUUAGGAAUCAAUAUUGCUCUUACAUCUCAACUGACAUUAUGUAGCUCACAUAUUCACAGGCUGUUUUGUGCAAAUUGGAUUAUUGUAAAACUGCGCUGUAUUACGUCUGAUACCUCUGUACACAAUGUUAUUGCAUAUGCCACUAUAAUCAUUUACUUUUGCCAUGGCAUCUUUAUAGUUUGGACUUACAUGCACAUGGUUAAAACAUGCGUGCGCUCAAAGGAGGACAGAGGGAGGUUUUUGCAGACUUGUGUGCCACAUCUAGCCUCCAUGCUAACCUUUGUUUUUACAAUAUUAUUUGAUGUGAUGCAUAUGAGAUUUGGGUCAGAUUAUCUCCCACAUCACUUUCAAAACUUUAUUGCCAUAGAGUUUCUCCUUUUCCCUCCAUUUGUCAAUCCUUUAAUAUAUGGGUUCAAACUAACUAAAAUUAGAAACAGAAUAGGGGGGUUGGUAUAUGUUAGAAAGAGUAAAUAA